AUGAUAAUGUCUCCUGAUGCCGUGUCGUUGUUAUUUCCCGAUCGGCCUAUUCGGCCCCUGCCGAAGCGUCGACUUCGCGAGAGAUUAUCACCAGAGGUUGCCAACUCGAUCAAAUAUCCCUCCUAUAUCCAUGACCACGUUCCUCUUUUCUAUUAUCCAAGCUACACCACAAGAGAUGAUAAUGGGACAUCGACCUUGGCAACAAUUGGCUCCGCUAUUCAACACCACCGUGAUGAUUCCAAGCGGAACUCUACGUUGCGACGGCAUGGAGCUGCAAUGACAGCUGUAAUCAACGGCGGAUUGCGAGAAUCCCUUGGAAUGGGAUCUUCCCAAAGAAUCCAGGGAAUGAUCAUACCGUCUUCAGCAACAUUGGACUCGCUUCGCCAAUCGAUUGACUUACCACUGCUCGCGUCCACUGCUUCCUCAGUGGAUGGCUAUGAGUCUUUUGAAAACACCAACAACAAGAAGAAGCGGAAAAUUCCCACUACUGGAGACUCAUUAGCGAAUAGUAGUCUUUCUUUGACUAGCGAAGUCAACGCAUUGUCGAACUCUAUACCACCUCGAUCGCCAAUGAACGAAGUUCACAUCAAGGAUUGUCUGGUUCUGGUAGAGGGAGACUUGGACGAUCAAGAAAUGGACGUAGCCCCCUACGAGCUUUGUCGGACGGAAGCAACGCCUGGUCAAAUCGUUCAAAAGCUGGCUCGUCCCAAUGGGCGUCGCCUGGUCAAGCUGGGAGCGGGACAGGAGAAUGGAAGUCUCUUGCAGCCGCGCAUGACCACGUAUAAGGAAAUGCCUGCUUCAACGCAGUUUACAUUCACUUGUGAACCACAAACACCUGGGGCUAUCCAGUGGCCUGGUCGUUCUGUUGGCCAUGGCGCCCCAGCUCAGUCUUUACAGCAUUUAGCAACUGUCACCCCCCAAAGCCCUAGUCUACGCCAGAGUGGUUCAUCCAAGCAAGCCAAUAGGAUCCCCGGUGGCUCUGCUAGGAAAACCCGCAGCCGCUUAGAGAGGGAGCUUGUCAUGGCUGCGCGUACUCGACGGCAGAUUGCGACAGAGAACUAUUAUAACAGCCUGCUGGACUCGACGGAGAUUUGGAUUUGCGAGUUUUGCGAGUAUGAACGUAUUUUUGGCGAGCCUCCUCGCACUCUUAUUCGAGAUUACGAAAUCAAGGAUCGUCGACACCGGCAGGAAGAAGCAGAUCGAAAGCGGUUACUAGAAAAGGCCAAAGCAAAAAGCAGGAAAGGGAAGAAGAACAGCAAAGUAGCCACGAAAGGCAACCAUACCGUCGAGCCUAUCUCGGAUCAAUCUCACGCAACAGCUCGACCUGCUGAUAUUUCCCCCUCUCUGACUAAUGAAAGGGGUCGCUCAACCCACUCUGACGACGGAUAUGAAGACGACUACGAAGAUGAUUAUUCAGAUGCACCACCUAGGCACAUGGCAAACGCCGCGAGUGCUCACGCAGAUCCUCUACCCCCCCCUCGAGCUAAAACAUAG